GAGGCAUGAUUAAAAGUGAACUAUCCCAAACUUCUUUUUCUUUUCCACACUCUCGAGAGAGCUUUUGCAGAAAGGGGGAAAAAACCAAGUACUUCACAAAAUGGGCGGAGACCUGUUCGAAGAUUUGCCUUCUCUGGCUAUGCCGCCAUCUUCCGCCAAUGGUUCCGCCGUCAGUCCUACGGAGGCUUCGCCGGCACCACUACCACCUCUUCCACCUCCUCCUGCUCUGAAGAGUGCCCUUAAACGUACUAAACCACCUUCAGAAUCACAAUCUGAAACUUCUGCUCCUGAAAAACGAUUGAGGUUUAAAACAACCACGGAUGCCUCGGAGACACAAGUUAUUGAAGCCAUGCAAAAAAUAGCAUCACAUAUAAAGAACACUUCAAAGUUUAGCAAGGCAUCAAAGCUUGUGAUGCAGCUGAUUCAGGCUGGCAGUGUGAAGCCUGCAACUGGUGACCAUUUCUUCGCCAUUCUUGAAGCUGCAAUGUCAUCACUCACCGCCUGUCAUGAGCCCUCUGUACGAGCAGAUUACCAUGAGUUAUUCACAGCAGCACAAGAUACAAUUGAGUGUCUUUCAAAGAAACAGCAAAAUAUGAUAACUACAUGGACCAUGAGGGCUGUGGUGGCUAAUGACCUCUUCACUGACGACAGUUUCGUGUUUUCAAAAGCAACGGGCAGAAUUAAAGAAACAAUAUCAAAUCUUCCUGUUGCAACUGAAGAUGAUGAUGGAGAAGAGGCUGCUGCUUUGAAAGAAAAGACAGAAGCCGUGAAUGAAGAAGUCCUGACAGAUAAUAAGGAAGAGAGUGAUCCAUUUGGACUUGAUGAUUUGAUUCCAAGCACAUCUAAGAAAGAUGACAGAUCAAAGGGGAAGAGGGUCACUCCGACUAAAGCAAGAAAAGGACAAGAAGAAGAAGAAGAAGAAACCAAGAGAUUUCUGAGAUCACAGCGAGAAGCCUUGAUUUCCUUCUUAGAAAUUGCAGCAAAUCGUUACAAAACCCCAUGGUGCCAAACGUCUAUUGACAUCUUAGUCAAGCAUGCCUUUGAUAACAUUUCAAGGUUCACCUCCCGACAGAGGGAUGCUAUUGAGAAACUUUGGGCUUCUGUCCGUGAACAGCAAGUUCGGAGGAAGCAAGGGAAAUUUGUCUCCGGGAAACUUGAUGUUAAUGCUUUCGAGCAUCUCCAGGAAAAAUAUGCAAAUGAGAAGAUCAGCAUCCGUCGUGCUGUUGGAGGCAGUGGGGAUCGAAAGUGUCAACAAUGGCUUGGUUGAUUUGAUAGUUCUAGUAACACUAAAAAACACUCUGAGAAAGAACACUAAAAAUUUGAGUAGUACAUGACAAGGGUGCAAGUAAAAGUGAAACGACACCAAACCUUUUCUUAAUCCACAACCUUAGAGUUGGAAGCAGAGGGUGCUUACCAUUUGAGCAACUCUUCUUGUCAACCUUUUCUUCGUUUCCUUUGUGUGUCUAAAUGAAAUAUUACGUAUUGAAAUUAUUUCAACUUUCCUAAGACUCAUGUGAACUUUCAUCGUCUCAUUAGUCACCAAAAAAGUUGUAUCAAUUUUAUUAAUAGUUUCCUACUUAUUCUCUUUCAAUUAAUUUGAUAUAAUAUAUUUAUUUAUUUUUUGGAA